GUCUUGCCGUCCUCACUUGUACUCUGUGACUCUCCACAAAACGCCCAGCUUCUCCGCGUCUCGCGGCUCUUCAACCUCAAGCAGGGCUCGCAGAGUCUUGUCCAUGUAGAAUCAUUCUCACGGCUACAAGCCUCGAUUAUCUUCUAUCCUAUCAAUCUUGCCUCUUCUUGCUCGACUUGCGCCUUUGACUGCCGUCCCUCCAUCAGCUUCAAAAAGCCGCUGGACCUCGUCUCGCAUGAUGCCGUGAACCGUCGUCAGUGUCCAUCAAGGUCACACUCUUCCACCGAAAACUAUCGCAACGUCAUUUCUCCCUUUAUCUGCAACAUGUAUCGAUUACCACACCAGCCUUUACGGCGUCUCAUCCGUACGUUAGAUCUCCCGAGUAGGAGAACUCUCACAUCCACCGAACCCGCCACCCUUCCAACCGCCCUCUUCUUCCCCGGUCAUGGAGUUCAGAGAAAGGGUAUGACUCGACCUUGGGUGGAAGCGUUCCCCCAGGUGUGUAAGCCUUUUCUACAAGAGAUGGAUGAGAUUCUAGGGUGUUCGCUGUCCACCUUGAUCGACCAAGGACCCAUCGCACAGCUGGACAAGAGCGAGAAUGCCCAACCCGCCAUCAUGGCCGUCUCCAUCAUGAUCCUGAGAGUGCUUGAACAAGAAUUCGGCUUCAAGACGGAAAAGAUGGUUGACGUGACCUUGGGCCACAGCCUAGGCGAGUUUGCCGCACUCGUCGCGGCUGGUAAUCUCGAGUACACAUUUGCCCUCGACCUCGUCAAACGACGCGGCGACGUCAUGGGAGAAUGCACCAGACAUGCCAAGGAACAGUCAGGAGAGGAGUUUGGUAUGGUAGCUCUGGUGUGCGAGCCAGAUCAGCUCGAUGCCUUGGUGGCCGCUGUUAAAGAUUUCCUAAGCCACGGCGCAGAAGGAUCCAAAGAUGACUCCAGUGCCCUCCCUGCCAUCCAGCAAGUGGCCAUCGCCAAUGCCAACUCAAAAAAUCAGAUUGUCCUCAGUGGCAGUUUCCAACGAAUCCGCAAUCUCCUCGUUCAUAUCCGAGAGUUUGGUGGCCACGACCCCAGAGCCGUCGAACUCAAGUCAAGGUCGGCCUUCCACAGCCCCAUCAUGAUGCCCGCCUAUGAAUUCAUGAAGAAGGUGGUAACUCCAGACAAGGUGACCUUCCCUGGCCGACUUCCCUGUGUGAGCAACGUGACCGCACGGCCCUUUGCUUCCAAAGAGGAAUUAAUCCAAAACUUCUCACGGCAAGCCGUUGAUACAGUCUUGUGGUGGGAUUCCAUCAAGUACUUGGACCGGGAGGCAGGCACCAUCACUUGGCUUGGGGUCGGGCCUGGCAAAGUUGGACGCAACCUUGUUUCAAAAGAGGUUGGCCGUUCGUCAGAAAAGGGCGGUGGCGUUUGGUCGAUUACCGAACCGCACGAGAUUGAAGAAGCGCUGAGGGGCUUGGAAAAUGCUACCAAUGCCAAGGGCCGAUGAGAUCGACCAUUGAAGUUGCAUGUAGAUGUGAAAUAUACAUGGUGACUAUUGUUACAGGCUCAAACCUGGUCAAUUGAUACCCUAGCCCGUUGAUAAGAUCAUCCUUCCCUGCUGAGAUGAAAAGAACACUGGAGAAAUCCAAGUUCGCUUGUAUGACUCUUCUUGAGGCUGUGCCUAUAUAGUGUGUCAGAGACACGAUACAAGAAUACAAGACUAGCACACUAGGUAUGGUUUGGGUUUCCCUGAGGUCUGAUAAACUAUG